UCGAAAUAUAAAAACUUACAAAAUCAAAUAAAAAAUAUCAAAAUACUUUUUUUUUUUUUUGUCUAUAGAUUUCUGAAAUUUUUGUCAGUCAAUCGCGAUGCAGGCCCAUCAUGCAAUGCCGGAUUUCCGGUGCCGGAAUAAUUGCCAGCACAAGGAGUGCCAGCGGCAUGCCCCGCUGGGCAUCAUAGACCAGCACACGCAAUGCAAAUGCUUGGGUGAAGUGAAUGCCUCAUCGAUAUUUUUGGAGAAUGUGCUCGACUUGGCCAAUUCAUUGGCCCAAAUAAUGAUAAUUUGCGGCCUGCACGAAUGCAAGGCCAAGUCCACAGUUGACAUUAUAACGUAUGCCUUUCUGCACUACGAUCAGGUGUGCUACUGCAUUGACACGGUGCCCAAGAAACGGCUACGAAAAGAGGACAUCUUCCACGAGUUGGGCAAAAAGUCAUUGAUGAACAAGGUGGAGGCCCACCUCGCCUACAACAUCAUCAAGCGCGGCUUCAAGGCCUUCUACUACGAGCCCAAGCAGGAGCUGACCUACGAUGAUCAGGGCAGGCCCAGCUACAAUGACGAGUGCGUCUGGGUGCAUGCGGCACGUAAGACAGCCGAGAGCUAUGCACGAUUCGACGGCCUAUCCUGCAAUGAGCAGAUGGCGUAUGAGGCCAAGAUCAAGAUCGUCUAUAAGAAGUUCUACGAUCGCAUGCAGACCCGCAAGCGCCAGCCGGAGGGUGAUGACUGUAACUGUUGCUUCUGCGCCAAGAAGCGUGGACAUCUUGUCUAUGCCAAGGAGCCGGUGCCCUGUAGCACGAAACGCAAGCCAAAGCACGUGUGCCCCUAUUGCUGCAAGAAGAAGCAGAAGCAAUCAUACACCCAUCCCGCUCGCCCGUCAACCAAGUGCCCCAAGUGCCACAAGUCACGCAAGUUCUGCUGCUGCACCAAGAUGGACUUCAAUCUGCAAUGGGUCAAGAGUAUCUGGGAUCGUCCCGAUUUCAAUCAGUAUUACAAGAACGAAAUCGCCGAGAUCGAACAGCGUCUGGUCAAGGGCUCCUGCUGGCUGCCACCAGAGCCAAUUGGCGCAGAUGGCGGCGAUGGCGAAGAGGSCGAGGAGGAGGAGGAAUUCUCACCGGAAGCACAAUUGGCUUUAGGUGGCAAGAACGUGGGCCUCCUGCCCAAGGAGGAUGAAGAAGAGCCAACAGAAGCUCCGCCUCCAGCUGCUGAGCCCGAGCCAGCUGCCGAGCCACCCAAGGAAGAGGACCAAUAAACCGUCAGCAAAAUACGCACUAAAUUUUACCAAAACGGAUUUCAUUUGGAAAUCAACAGUCUCAUUAAAAAUUCUAUGUACUCUUUCAAU